AUGGGACGAAAGAGUUUUACAAUUUUACGACACCUGAUUUGGUGGAUUACGUGUCUGAUUGCUGCCAUCGGCAUGUAUUGUACUCUAUCAAAGCUCGUAUACAGUCGACUUCCUUCAAGGACUCAUGCAGACUGGCAGCGAAGCUUCGAUGAACUCGUCGGCCAGUAUGCUCCGCCUGAACUACCUCCCGACUAUGCCAGCGAGCAUCCUUUGCUUGCUGGCAUUUCCAGAAAAGCAGCGGCCUUCAUUCACAGGGUUUUAGCCUUCAUCCUAGCACUGUUUGCAACAAAGCAUUCGCGAAUUGAAGCAUUUGCAGCGAAAGGUCUUGAUAUACUUUGCAAUAUACAGUUGGUUACUGGGACUGGUAUCCUGAUUGCAGCUUUAGUUCAAGGCGAGAAGAUGACAUUUUAUCAUCAACAGUUCGUCAUGGACUACUGGUUCCUAUGUCUGAACUCUUUCUGGGCCGCAAGAUCCGGUGAGAUGAACCAAAGCGACGACGGAGACGACGAUUGGCAUUACUGGACCAGGACUGCUGCAAUAUUGAUAUCGGCUCUUCUUUCGGUGUACUCAAUGGGGACCGAAAGGCAAAUGGGAUCCGGUGAAAUCUGGCUACUGCUACUUGUCCCAUGA